CACCAGCUUUCUGCGGUCAUUGGCGGGGAAUUGCCUGGUGUCUCUUUAAAUCGCCUCUGCUGGCUGCUUGUUGCAGGAAGUGUCAUAAGCAAGCAGCCCCAGCUCCUCGGCUAUGGGAGGCGGAAGUGCCUCCUAGAUACAUUGGGAGCAAAUUGCAAGCGAUCUGCAGCUGGGUUGCAGAAAGCAGCGGGGUUAAACCCGAGAUUUCCAGCGGGUGCAUGAUACUGACUCGGAAACUUUUCCAGGCGCUUUGGCAUUGCAGAGGGACUAGCUCCCUCCCACCCGCAGCACGGCCAGAGGCAGGAUCCUGAUUCUUCUUCCUUAUUGAAAUAUCCUCGUCUCGUAAAGCAAAAAGCACCCGGCCUCUUCCUCCCCGCGAGUCUCUUGCAGUCUCCUUUCCCUGCCUCGGAGCCCGUGGUGCCUGUGCGGUGCGGUGCGGUGGGGCGGGGAGGGGCCAGUCCUGCAGUCUGAGCUCCGAGGCAGACUGAGAUGAAAUCAUUGGCGGCGGCGGCUCUAGCAUGGCAUCUCUCAAGAGUUUCGGCCGGGCUGGGCAGAGAGAAGAGAAGGCGAACGGAGAGCUGGACCGAUCGCUCCAGCAGAUGCUGCGGGCGAUAGUGGAGGAAAGGAACCGCAUCAACAUCCGCCAGGAGAGCAGCGGGCUGGGUUGCUUCAAAGAUGAUCGCAUUGUGUUCUGGACUUGGAUGUUUUCUACUUAUUUCAUGGAGAAAUGGGCCCCCCGGCAGGAUGAUAUGCUUUUCUAUGUCCGCCGAAAGUUAUCCUGCCUCAGUGGCGAUAGUACAGAGGGAAAGAAGCAGGUUGAAGUUGAAGUUUAUCGUAGGGAUUCCAAGAAGCUUCCUGGCCUGGGUGACCCAGACAUCGAUUGGGAGGAGAGCGUCUAUCUGAACCUCAUCCUGCAGAAGCUGGACUAUGUGGUCACCUGUGCUGUGUGUACUCGCUCAGAUGGAGGGGAUAUUCACAUACACAAAAAGAAAUCUCAGCAAGUGUUUGCCUCUCCAAGCAAACAUCCAAUGGACAGCAAAGGAGAGGAAUCGAAGAUCAGCUACCCUAACAUAUUCUUCAUGAUUGAUAACUUUGAAGAGGUGUUCAGUGACAUGACUGUCGGGGAAGGAGAAAUGGUCUGUGUGGAGCUGGUGGCCAGUGACAAAAGCAACACCUUCCAAGGAGUGAUCUUCCAGGGAUCCAUCCGUUACGAAGCACUCAAGAAGGUCUAUGACAACAGGGUGAGCGUUGCCGCAAAGAUGGCUCAAAGGAUGUCCUUUGGCUUUUAUAAGUACAGCAACAUGGAGUUUGUGCGGAUGAAGGGGCCUCAAGGUAAAGGACAUGCAGAGAUGGCGGUGAGUCGAGUUUCAACCGGUGACACUUCUCCAUAUGGAACAGAGGAAGAUUCUAAUCCAGGGUCCCCCAUGCAUGAGAGAGUCACUUCUUUCAGUACACCACCGACACCAGAGCGCAACAAUCGACCAUCCUUUUUCUCCCCAUCUCUGAAGAGAAAAGUGCCCCGGAAUCGGAUCGCUGAGAUGAAAAAAUCCCACUCAGCAAAUGAUAGCGAAGAAUUCUUUCGAGACGAUGACGAUGGAGAUCUGCACAAUGCUUCGAAUCUAAGGUCACGGUCCUUAUCUGGAACAGGACGGUCUCUGGUUGGCUCCUGGCUGAAGUUAAACAGAACAGAUGAAAACUUCCUCCUCUAUGCACAUUUAACCUAUGUCACUUUGCCACUGCAUCGAAUUUUAACAGAUAUUCUGGAAGUGCGGCAGAAACCAAUUCUGAUGACAUAGCAGAGUGCUGGGCACUGCCUUGGAAUCUUGCUGCCAAGUGCCUAUCCACGAUGGUUUUCUGUGACAAUGCUACCAUCUAGUGUCAGGAAUAUAAACCUACACAGAAAAAAGGGAAGUCUAAGAAUACCAGCCUAUCAAAGUGCCUCUCUCUUCCUUCCUCUGCUGUCAUACACCGUCUGCACACACUAGUAAUACAUCUCUUUAUUGUGUUCUGACUAGAGGACUUUCAAAAACAAAACCAGAAGGGGCUGUGUUGAAAAAAAAAAAUCAAUGCUUUAUGAACAAUUUGUUACCGUGUUUACUUUAUAACUGAGAAACCAACAACAUGUACAGAAUAUGGUGAACUUUAUAUUCUUUGAGAGAAACGACUUAAGGGUUUCAUAAUGAUGUACCAAUUAACUUUGUUCAAAGACUCUUAUCCAUGCCCUCCUUGUUAUAAUGGCUUUGUGUGCAUGUGUUUUGGAAUGCAAGGGACAGUAGAAUAGUUCACUAGUGAGACAGGGUAAGGAAAGAGAUGCAACAAAGAUGUCUUGUUGUUGUGGUAUGUGCAAUUGGUAAGGAUGGCGCUAAAAUGAUGCUUUCAAUGUUCUAUUUCUGUUGGUGUGUCGAUGCUGAAUUCCUUAAACAGCUUUAUUCUGUGAUGACAGUUUCCCCCUCUACCAAAGAACAGUGAAGACAUCAUGCUCCAGAGUGCUCUAGGGGAAAGAGCAAACAUAAGAAGGGAAAAUGCUGCUCUUAAAAAUCUGUAAACCAGUACAAGAACUGCUGUUGAUACAACAUUUAAGAGAGGAUGCAAGUUUUAAAGUAUAGAAAAACGGGAGAGCAUAACUAGAUUCUAGUACCAGACACUUUGGGAUUAUUUUUUUAUCAUCCUGCACUUGCAGGACUGCAGGGUAACUAGUGUUCUCCUCCUGGAAGACUUUGACCAACUCAGCUGUUUCUCUGGAUUCUACAUUUGUUAGUUUCUGUGAUUCACUGUGCUGAACCACAAAGGGGUUUUCUGUAAAGACAAGCUUAAGUGAAAAGAAAUUGAAAUGAGUAUAUUGGAGGCUUGUAAAUGUGUGCUAUGUUUACAAAUGCAUGUUUUACUAAAUAGCAGCCCUGUAAUAUUCUCUGGGAAUCUGAAAGUUAAACUGAUAAAUAUGCUGCAGUUAGCAUUCAGUUAACCGUUCUGACAGGAGAGUCAGAAUACAUCACAGUUCACUUUCUUAGCGCUCCAGAACCAAUGCAGCAACUGGGAGUAGGAAAAAAGUAAUAGAAUGUCGCUAAAAAGAGCAGAGAUUCUAAAGAACGCACAGGAGAGAGAUCAAUAGAGAAAGGGGAUGCCAUUAAUUACUUUUCAAGGCUUGUCUACACAUGCAAACAAGCCCUCAGAAUAUAACCACCCAAUGCUGUAUGCUGGCAAUGCAGUUACCAACAUGGCAUGUGUUAAAAGCCUUAAUCUUUGUUUGUCCCCUUGACCUUUUUCCUAAAUGGCUUUGUCAUUCUCUCAGUAGCAUCAGGCAACUUUCAGGUAAAGCUUUCAGCUUAAUUUCUGCCCAGACUCCAUGGAAACAGCUCCACUACAGCUUCAAGGUGGUCUGUAUCUUUAUCACUCACCCAGCAUGAAGGCUCCGUCUGGCAAGAAGUACUUGUCAGUGUGUUUAUGGUUACAUUUGAAACUUAAAUUAGAAUACGCAUUGUUGGAACCUAGGCCUGGAAGAAGUCCACUGAAGGCAGUAAUGGUAUUUCUAACACUGGCAAUGUGAACGCACUAUAAGAGAUUGUAGGCCCAUUUCCAAUCCCCUUUAGUUAAAACCUUUUGAGAUUUAAGUAAUUCAUUAACUAGUAGAGUGUAUUUUGUUAGUACUAACCGAUAUCGCUGCAGAUUGGAGGCUGUUGUACACAUUGUUCCUCCAGUCUUUGUGUCAAGAAUUAAAUCACUUUCUGCAAGAGAGCAGCUUUUAAUACUUGUCUUAAGACUCUGAAAAUGCCCUUUAUUCUGCACUUUCAUACUGGUGGGCUAAGCAAAUCAAUGCACUUUUUCUUUACAUGUUCAUUGCAGUGAGGAGGGAAAAGAGAGUUAACAGUUGUACCUCUAGAGGCAAUUGGUACAUUUGAAUAAAAUAUUCUGAGAUUAGUAAAUAUUAUGAAUAGGAAAAUGUACGCACUUGGAAAUAUGACGUAGGCAUCUGAGUACUGUUCUGUCUGUAGCCAUAUUCACCUCCCAGUCUCAGGCUGACAUCAAUAAGACAGCAUUAAAUAGCCUAAAUUCUUCAUGCUCUGUAUUUUCAGGAUAAAUGAGGAAACACGGUAUGAGAC